ACCCCCAGCCGUUUCACACUCUCGACGGCGUGAUCAUGUCUCUCCCUUGCUUUAUCAGCGUCAAGAGUCUUCGUUGCGAGAUGAGGAUGAAACUGCAGCAUCGUCAACUUCCGGUAAAACGGCUACGCCGUCCGGCCCACGCCCGGUCAUGAUGUACACCUGUAGUGGAGAAAAAGUCUUUGUCGGUAACGCCUCAGCUAUUGCGUUCCUACAGUACCUGCGAGGAAGCUUGCGGAUCCUAGGUCCAGGCUUUACCAUUAGCCAAGGAUGCCACCGCAUGUUUGAGGCACAAGUUCCUGUUCAGCAGACGGAAGACUUUUCAGAUGACAUUGAAACCGCCGAGAAGAAAGUAUUGGUCCAACGAUAUCUCGAUGCCUCCAGCGGACUCCUCGAUUUAUUCGAUGAAUCAGAUAUCGAAGGUUUACUAGCUCUGAACCCAUCGUCACAUAACACUGGGUCUCUGAGGUCCGACUCUGCUGCCAACUCAGAGAGGCUUCUUUGCCUCUACAUGAUGAUCGCAAUCGGCGCCCAAUGUCGUGGCCAGAUAGGUGAUGCGCCAAAAGCCUUUCGUUACUUCUCGGAAGCACGCAAAUUGUCCUUUGAAAGAAUGCUGAGCGAUCCAUCACUGAACACUGCUCGAGGCUUUGUGUUAAUGGCAUUCUAUAUGUUUGGCGCCUGCCGUCGGAACUCAGCUUUCAUGUACCUUGGGGUUGCUACAAAGGCGGCCUCGGUCAUGGGCUUACACAUGGCGGAACAGUUUCAGUCUCUUUCAGAAAGCGAACGAAGUUUAAGAUCUCGCGUUGACAAGAGUAUACGGCUCUUCGAUGUCGUUUGCAGCUCGAUACUCGGAAGACCAACGAGUGUAGCACCUUGCAGACUGAGACGAAGCGUAAAACUGCACGAGGACCGACACCGUAAUCUGUCAGUAGACUCUGCCUGCUCCUUUGCCACAAUACUAAACAGAAUCGUCGAUACUCUUACCGAAGAAUCUGAGUUAGGCAUGGUGCAAGCACGGCAAUUUCUCUACGAGAUUAGAUGUUGGAGCAAGGACCUGCCAAAUGCCUUACGCCAACGUCCCAAGAGAGGAACCGCCCACUCUCAUCACUCUCAAAACCGAGAAAUAGCUAUCGGAAAUAUCCAUGUCGCCUGCACAUACUACUUUGGCAUUAUCCUGACGACUCGGGAGUUCCUGAUAGAGCACAUCAUGCCCCAGAUAAACAACGAUUUGCCAGUCGACCACAAUGUUGAAGGAGGAGCAGAAGACGCAAAGAAUGUUGCUGAGCUAUCUGAUGCAUGUGUGGAUGCUGCAGUCUUCAUGGCAGAGAUGUGUGCUGACGCACUGGAUUCGCGCACCAUCAUGGGCAAUAUGUGCAUACUGAAAGCUUGGUUGUUUGCCGCCGGCCUAGUUCUUGGCUUCUCACUACUCGCCCAUGACGUGCCCCAAAACCGUGGAAAGGCUUUUCACAACGCGCUACGUGUCCUCGACUUCUUAGGGCAUCUGAGUCCGCAAGCAGCACAAUAUCACCGCCUUCUGACAAGCUUUUCACAAGCCAUUGACUCUUUCAAGACCAACUCGCCAACCGAGUACCACCAAGCCGGUGCCCCGUACGUCGAAAGACUUCUUUCAUUCAAUCUAGCCGAAAGCCCCGAGACCAAUAGAAUUGGGGACACAUCACAACCGCAUGAAGGGGCAAGAGAUAGCAGACGACCGGAGCGAUCAACGGGAGCACAUGAUCCAGCAAGGGGCGGAAAUGACCAGCUAGACCUGUUCUCCUUCGACCCCACGGUAUCUGGCGGGGAGGACUUGAUGCUGAGUCUUCUUUGGGAUGAUGGCGAUGUUUCUUUUGGAGAGUCAAGUGCAUUCGACAUGUCAAUAGGAUAUGGCUGAGCCUCGACUAGUGGGCGAAUGCUCUACGCACCAAAAUUGGUGGGUUAGCUGAAGACAAAGCAACUUCCCGCACGCAUCACCCGCGUGAGACACCCACUGUUAGUGUCUUGCCCGGGCCUAUACCCACCCACUAACACCACUUCCUGCACCCAAGUUACGAAUUAUCACCUGCGA